UUCUAUCUCUCCAGCAAGUCCCAACUUGGAGGUUGCCUGGAGAAUCCAGGGGUGUGAGUUCGUGCAUGCAGACUGAGCCAGCCUCCCUGACACUCCCCUGCUCUUCCAUUACUCAAUCUCAUUCCAGCUUCUAGUCUAGACAAGCGGAGGAAGAGCAGUGAGAGAAGCAACCUUUUGCAUGAAUAAGGACUGGUUAUGAAGGCGUUAUUAAUCCAGCGAAGGCAGGAGACACUGGCCCGUCUGUGACCUGAAGUGGAUGGCUGUCCCCCCAUGGCGCCCCCAUUCCAUUUGCUGAACACUACCAUCAAUGAUUGCCUCCUCACAUCAGGAAACAGCACCCUCGUGAGCUCCUCAACUUCCAGCAUUGCUGGUAUUGUGUUUCUCCUCCUGGCUGCCCUGAUUGGGCUACCUGGGAACUUCUUUGUGAUUUGGAGCAUCCUUUGGAAAAUGAAGCCGAGCCAUCGCUCAGUCACCUGCCUUCUGGUCCUAAACUUGGCAGUGGCAGAUGGAGUGGUUCUUCUCCUGACACCCUUCUUUGUCCUCUUCCUUAUCUUCAAGACAUGGCUGUUUGGCUGGGCCAUUUGCAAAGCAGUGUACUACCUGUGUUGCAUCAAUAUGUUCGCUAGCAUCUUCAUCAUCACCCUCAUGAGCGCAGAUCGCUGCUUGGCAGUCAACCAGCCCUAUUAUUCCCAAGCCAUCCGGAAGAAGAACCUGGUAGUCAAGAUCUUGGUAGGGAUUUGGAUGGGGGCCAUUUUGUUGUCUCUGCCAGCUUUCUUCUUCCGACAAGUCUUAAAGGAACCCUCACGGAAAUAUCUCAUUUGUGAGCCUUGCCACUCCAGGAAGAGCCUGACCAUCUUCCACUUCACCAUGGAGACGGUGGUGGCCUUUGUGAUUCCAUUCACCAUCAUUGUUGGCUGCUAUUCUGCCAUUCUUGUCCGUCUCAGGGGGGUACGGAAGAGAAAAGGGGCUCGGACAGAGAAACUGAUUGUGGCCAUUGUGAUCUGUUUCGCUGUCCUAUGGAUGCCCUACCACAUCAUCAACAUGAUCCAGGUGGCUUCCAAUCUAACCUCGGGGAAAAUGGCGGAGCGAUUGGGACAGGCCUGGAAGAAUGGGCGAGCAGGAGCCACAGCCUUAGCCUUCUUGAGUAGCAGCAUUAACCCUGUGCUCUACGUCUUUGCCGCUGGGAAUCUCAUUAAAACUUCGGGUGCCAAUUUCAUUGCUCAGUUCUUCGAGGGAGCAUCCGAGGGGCUCGGACGGAGGUCUCAGUCUCAGAAAAACUUGGACAAAGACUUAAUACCAGCUGCUGGGGCAUCUGUAAACCUGGACCAGCAGUUAUUGGGAAAUUGUGAUAGGGUCGACAAGGACACAGAUUGUAGACUGACCGAUGGCACAACACAUAACACUUCCUAGACUGAGUCACUACACAAGAAAUUCCAAAACUGCCUUAGGCAGGACCAGUUCCUCCAGCAUAUGACUGUCAACACUGAUUGGGCAGUUUUUCAAUAUUUCAUGCAGAGAUCUUACAAAGUAAAGAACCGAAGCUAGGUCAUUUGCCUGCAAAAUAUGAAUUUCCAGUUCUGCUACCUGCCUGCUCUUUGUGUAAAACCAAGAUUCAGAGAAAACCUUCUACACUACAUGACAUGUGCAACUAUUUUCUCUCUCUCUCUCUCUUCCAUCUUUCCUCUUUGUACCUAGGUUUCAUGGCAGUGUUGUUUAUUUCUUUGUUUCCUUGUUUUUUUCAUGACUGUAUUGUCUCUUCUUGCCACAUCCAUUUGAAGAAAUGUAAUAUGUUGAUUUUAGAACUGUAUUUUUUUUUUCAUAGCUAGGCUUUAGGCUUGACUCUUGUGAAAAGAGCAAAGAUCUGUGGUUGAUUUUGAGCAUGUACAGAGUGUUUAUCUGUUAGUAAAUAAAUUCCUCCUGAAUGGUUGGAUGCCAGUAGCCCCCCUCCCUCCCUCCUUCCCUUUCCCUCUCUCUCUCCUUAAAAAUUACAUACAGGAUUUUUCAGGGGUGGGCUUCAAAACUUUUAGCAAGAGGUUCUCUGCCCAGUUGCUGGGUGGGCAUGGUGAUAGUGGGUGUGGCCUAGUCGGCCUCUACACCACAGCAGGGGGAGGUGUUUUUGCCCUCCCCGGGCUCCAGAGGCGAUCCUUGAGCCUCCCAGAGGCAAAAAAUGGCCUCCCCAGGCUCCAGAGGCCCUCAGACUUCCACUAGGCCCAUUUUUCAGCCUCCCCAAGCCUCCGCACAUGCCUUGCACUUACCUGCAUCCAAAACGGACCACGUGGGGACUCCUGGGAGGGGCAGGGUGGGGUGGGUGGGGCUAGCCAGGAGUGGGAUUUGGGGGUUCUCCAAACUGCACAGAAUCUUAGCUAGAGGUUCUCCCGAACUCCUGCGAACCCCCAGCAGCCUACCCCUGGAUUUUUUGCAGGGAAUAUUUGGAUGAGAAAAAAAAAUAAAUAUAAUUUCUCAAAUAUCUUAAAAUUAAAAGCAAAGCAAAAAAGGAAAAAAAUGUUUGACAGAAGCCAGUUGAAUAAACUGAUACACACACACAAGCAUAUAAACAUGAAGUUGAGUGUAGGGGUUUAUGAUAAAAGAACAUAUUAGGUUUUUACUGUGGAAUAUAUUUGCAAUCUGUCUUCUGAUAAACUAAAAGGAAUCAGGGGAAUUUCUGCAGUAAAUUCUUUUAUUAUCUGCUUGCAGGCAGAAUUACUCUAACAUGUACAUUUUCUAAAAGCAGAGAAAGGCAUUUGGGGUUUUUUUUUAAGAUAAAAGGAGGAGGAGGAGAGGAGGAGGAAGAGGAGGAGGAGGAGGGUAAAAACCAAAAAUGGAAUCUCUUUUUACUUCAGACAACCUCUUUGUGUAUACUACAGCAGUCAGUAGGAAUGCAGAAAUUGAGGUUGAAAAUCCCCUGUGCUUAAGUACAUAGGCCAACAAUAUUUGUAUUGGGCUGUUUACAAUAAUAAACUGGUUAUUAUAUACAAA